CGAAGACGAGGGGGGGAAGAGGUAACCCUGAGUGAACAACAGCUGAGAUAUGUCCAUCCGAGACAUCCCGCUGAGCCUCAGGAUGCGAGGGGCAAUGAUGGUUGCAGCUUUCUUGAUGCUGCAGCGGGCGGUACCAAGCCGAACAUGUGGGCGCCAUUUCUAUCUCAGAUGGACUGGGAGAUUGCGAGAUGGGCAAAAAUGCGUGGGCCAAGCUCUACCGCAUUUUCAGAGCUGUUAGCAAUUCCUGGAGUUUCAGAUGCCCUUGACAUUUCCUACAAGAACGCCCCUGAGCUCAAUGCGAUCAUUGACAACUCCAUUCCCGCUCCUCGCCCGGCAUUCACACAUAGUAACAUUGUGGCGGGAGAUGAGAGCUUUGACAUGUUCUCUCGGGAUAUCCUCGAAUGCAUACGUGCACUUUAUGGUGAUCCUGAGCAUGCACAAUACCUCAGUUUUCAGCCCGAACAGCACUAUGCGACGGCAGACAAGGCUGAGAGCGAGCGUCUGUAUCAUGAUAUGCAGACCGGCAAGUGGUGGUGGAGUACACAGGAGGUCCUUGAGCAGCAGAAACCCGGUGCAACCAUCAUCCCAGUCAUUCUAUCCUCCGACAAAACUCAGAUCACGCUAUUCCGGAACAAGACGGCAUAUCCUGUCUAUCUCACAAUCGGAAAUCUCCCCAAAUCCAUACGUCGCAAACCUAGUCGUCAGGGCCAGAUUCUCCUUGCAUACCUCCCGACAUCACGCCUUGAGCAUAUCACCAACAAGUCGGCCAAACGUCGGGUGCUUGCUAACAUGUUUCAUGCUUGUAUGUCCCAUAUCACUGAGCCUCUUCGAGAUGCUGGUAUCAACGGCAUCGCCGUCACAAGUGGCGAUGGGGUUACUCGACGAGGUCAUCCAAUUCUUGCUGCUUACGUCGGGGAUUACCCCGAGCAGUGCCUCGUAACAGCCGCAUACUCCGGCACAUGUCCCAUAUGUGACUGCAACCACAAUUCCCUCGGCGACUAUCCUACUCCGUCCCCACCGCGUGAUCCUGCGCGCGUCAUCUCAGCAUUCGACCUUUGUGGUUCUGACGCGUUUUCUGCCGCCUGCCGCGAUGCUAACGUGAAGGCUAUACAAGAGCCUUUCUGGCUUCGGCUUCCAUUUGUCAACAUCUUCCAGUCGAUUACACCCGAUAUCCUUCACCAGCUCUAUCAGGGAGUCUUCAAGCAUCUCAAAUCUUGGCUUAUCACUGCUUGCGGGGCGACUGAAAUUGAUGCUCGUACGCGUCGAUUUCCACCCAACCACAACAUCCGGGUCUUCCAUAAAGGGAUCACUUCGCUGUCGCGUAUCAGUGGUGCUGAGCACAAGCAGAUCUCGCGUCUCCUGCUUGGGCUUAUCAUUGACGCCCCCAUCCCACACCACCACCGCUCAAGUCUAUUGCGCGCUACUCGGAGUCUGUUAGAUUUCCUCUACAUAGCGCAGUUCCCCCUUCAUGUCCUCCAACACUAUGUGCGCGCGAUCGAGCUUUUCGGCACCACAGACAACUUCAACACGGAAUCGACGGAGCGGCUCCAUAUCGACUUUGCAAAGGACGCAUACGCUGCCACCAAUCACAAAGAUGAGUUCUUCCAGAUGACUAAAUGGCUCGAGCGUCAAGAGAAAAUCGUCUUUUACUCAAAAUAUCUCAGCUGGCGAGCGCUUGGUGAGGAACGAGGCAGUGCUAUUGCUGCGCCCGGCAACGGCUUGCGAUGGCAUCCGCCAGAUAUGGCGUGCGUUCUUCACCAGAAGAUGACGAUGCACCCAACGCGCCCCUCUGUUACCCUCGACGACAUCACCUCCGCUUCCCACUACGAUGCAGCCCUCUUCUCUGCUGCCCUUGCUCGUUUCAUUGUUCGCUUCCGUGACUCCACCCUCACCUUGAACCAGGUCGAAACCCUCAUUACUGACGUUCGCAUCCCCUUCACAUCUAUUCCUGUCUUCCACCGGGUCAAGUUCCAUAACGACGAGCACUACGGCAACGAAACAAUCGACUCGGUCCAUGUUCAGCCGCCUAAGUACAGCAACCAUGGAACCACCAUAUCCCCAGCGCGUUUUGACACUGUUUUAGUCCGCGUUGGAGACAGUCCAGAUGCCGGUAUUCACAACCUUCGUGUUGCGCAAGUCAAGGUGAUUUUCUCUAUCCCCCUGGCGUCUAUACAUCAACUCUUUCUACCGGACCAACCUCCACCUAAGCACCUUGCAUAUGUCGAGUGGUUCACUCCAUUCGCAUCGCAUCCGGAGGCGAACUCCGGAUUGUAUCGAGUCAACCGUGACUCGCGGAAUGGUGAGAAACAAGUAUCAGUCGUACCUUUAGACCGCGUUGAGCGAAGCGUGCACUUAAUUCCAAAGUGGGGACGUGCAGUUCCGUCAGAAUGGGCUUCGCAUACUGUAUUAGAUCUAUGUAAUACAUUCUACUUGAACGUGUUUAAGGACAUGCAUACGUACUUUAGCUUACACUCCGAGUAA